AUGAAGGUCAUCUCCACGAUUACAGCUUCGCUCCUGAUUGGAUCGGUUACUGGACUACUUGGUGGCACACCAGUUUCCCCCGACGGCGCUCUUAAUGACCGCAGCUUACAACAAAAAAGUUACACAACCGGCAUUCGCAAGACCAUCGACCCAAAAUCCAGCGACGACUUUAGCUUUUGUGGUGGUGCUCUCAUCACGCAUCAUCAUGUUCUAACGACGGCAACGUGCGUUAAAGACGGUAAUGCUAAAUUCGUGUCAGUUGGUGCGAUUUAUAUUAACGGUGGUGAAGACGGCGACGAGAUCAAGGUCGUGAGCGUCACGAAACACCCGCACUUUAACAAUAUAACGCUUUCGAACAACUUUGCCGUGUUAAAGCUGGCGAGAGAAGUAAAAGCUGAUAUUAAACCAGUGAAACUUCCGACACCUGGCACUGAAAUCCAACCUGGGAAGUGGGCGACGGCUCAUGGUUGGGGUCUUACCUCGGCUGACGGUAUGGCCUCCGAUGUGCUGCUCAAGCUGGAUCAGCAGUUGAUCUCAAACGAGGAUUGUCGCAAAAAGCUCGGUUCGAUUACUAUCGAUAUGACCCACGUGUGCGCGGGUGGUGAGGUGGGUAAGUCACCGUGCCAGGGAGACACUGGUGGUCCGCUGAUCUACGAGAACUCUAACGGCGAUGACGUUCUGAUUGGUUUAAUCAGCGGUGGCACUGACAUCGGCUGCGGUACCAUGGGAUACCCCGCUAUCUACUCGCGUGUAUCGUCGGUACAUGAAUGGAUCACCACUACCAUGAAGGCAUAA